AUGGUGAAGGAAUCGGCAAGGAAGUGUUCGCAUUGCGGUCACAACGGGCACAAUUCUAGGACUUGCAACCACAUAGGGCAUGGGGUUAACAAUAACAACAAAGGGGUUUGUUUGAAGCUUUUUGGGGUGAACAUAAUGGAAAGACAUGAUGAUUCUAUAAAGAAGAGUUAUAGCAUGGGAAAUCUCCAGGCUGCCGGGAACGCAGACCAAAACAACAAUAUCAACGUCGGAGCUGACGAUGCUGGCUACCUCUCCGACGGCCUCAUCCAUAACAAGAAACGAAAGGCCGCCCAUGAUAGGAAAAAAGGGAGACCUUGGACUGAGGAAGAGCACCGAGUAUUCUUAGCCGGAUUGAAGAAGCUUGGGAAAGGCGAUUGGAGAGGUAUUGCAAGAAAUUUUGUGACAACUAGGACCCCAACACAAGUUGCUAGUCAUGCACAGAAGUACUUUCUCAGGCAGGCUACCAAUGACAAGCGUAAACGAAGAACAAGUCUUUUUGAUAUGCACUUCAAAGAACUAUCAGAACAAUGUGCUCUGCAAGAUUCUUCACUCUCGCCGACAGCCAAAACUGCCGAAGCCUCUUCCUCUUCUUCUUCAUCACUAGGGAGCACCUCUAAAGUUCUGCCACAUAUCGCUACGAACUCGCCACAAGAGAGCAUGCCAUCUCAGGUCCUUAACCGAUUUCCGCAUCUGUGCUUGGAUAGCCCCCCAUCUGUUGCUCAAAUGCGUGCACUAUCUUGCAGUGUUCGUAGUUAUGCCCCGGUUGUCCCAUACAUGGUAGGAAUGCCUGGGACUGUACCUUAUACACCAGCAGUGCACUAUGGCAGCCCAACUUUUCACUACAUGUUUAAGACGCAGGGUGGUAAUUUCGCUACAUGUCAACCGGUUAUUGCUCACCCUUCAGGGAUUCCAUCAUCACCGAGGUCUCUCCCAACUAGUCCAUCUGUGGGAGUUCACCCUAUGAACUCACCGAUCACUAAGAAGGAUGCUUUAGAGCUUAAAAUUGGGCAGCCUCAACCAUCUCAAGGAGCCAAUUUGUCAUCCUCUUCUUCUGGGGCAAUCAGAGUGACAUAG